UUCUCAUCUCUCUCUCACACAGCUCACACUUACUCGCCUGUCACCACUGGAAGGAUGUCUCCUCUGGUGAGCCGCCUGCUCCUUCUCUUCUGCCUGGCCUUACCUCUUUAUGGAGGGGAAAAGAUAAGAAAUAAGGGAUUAAGAAAGGAACCUGACCCUGACAAGUGCACAGGAAAUGAUGCAGACAAACCCAACUGCACUAGACACUCCUCCGAUGAGCGAAGAUCUCCUUUUCUGAACAGCAUGUAUGGCAACUGCAUGCAAGGCCCAGCAGGAACCCCUGGAAGAGAUGGUAACCCCGGAGCCAAUGGCAUUCCAGGCACUCCAGGUAUCCCAGGACGUGACGGGCUCAAAGGGGAAAAAGGGGAAUGCAUCAGUGAGAUUUUUGAGGAGCCGUGGAGACCCAACUACAAGCAGUGUGCCUGGAACUCUCUGAAUUAUGGGAUCGACCUGGGUAAAAUAGCAGACUGCACGUUCACCAAGCUGCGUUCAGACAGCGCUCUCAGAGUCCUCUUCAGUGGUUCCCUACGACUCAAGUGCAAGAAUGCGUGCUGCCAGAGGUGGUACUUCACCUUCAAUGGAGCCGAGUGCACAGGACCCCUACCAGUGGAGUCCAUCAUUUACUUGGAUCAAGGAAGUCCGGAGCUCAACUCCACUAUUAACAUCCACAGAACAUCAUCAGUUGAGGGGCUGUGCGAGGGCAUCAAAGCUGGGUUGGUGGAUGUGGCGGUGUGGGUGGGGACCUGCGCCGAUUAUCCCAGGGGAGACGCUUCCACAGGCUGGAAUUCUGUAUCCAGGAUUAUCAUUGAGGAACUGCCUAAAUGAGAGUCAUAUGAAAGGGAGGAGCCGGUCUUUGUAGUGUAGGAGCAGGUUGCCUGGCUGAGGCACUCAUGGAGGCGCUGAUGGUAAUUUGAAUGUUUUUGUUUUGUUUGAACACACGUCUGCUGAAGACUGUUCUGCUUUGAAGAAAUG